AUGUACCAAAAUAGAGUGGUUUACUUGGACCUCGAAGAAGCCAACCUGUCGUCAACUCCAGGAUCCAGACACCCAAAGAAUCCUACAAUGUCGGACUUUUCCAAGCAUGCUUGGCCAACGGAGUCAUCCUCGGCUGCCACUGUGUACCGGAAAAUGGCAACCACAACCACUGGAGACUAUCUCAAGACCAGAUUCACAGCGAAUAUCCCAGAUACCGCAGCGGCAUCGCCGACACCAGCUCCAACCAAUGAACCUACUCGACAACCAACUGGCCAGCCUACACCUCCACCCACCGAUCAACUUACCCCUUUGCCAUCCAAGCAGCCAACCUCUCCACCCACUCCCAGCCCAACCAGUCCGGCACCAACUCCUUUUCCAACCAAUCAACCCACGAGAACACUAUCCACCCGGCAAGCUGCCCCUCUGUCUCCUGGUGAUUCCUCUAGUAAUGUUUCACCGAUAGCACAAGCAAACUCCGAUGAAAAGAACCACUGGAGAGAAAAGAGUGUGCUUGAUCUAUUACCGUGGGAGCAGCAUGCAUAUCAAGGACUUACCCAACCGGGAGUUGCACCCAAAGUUGCUUAUGACCAUUGCAAGCCUCCGCCAGGAAUACCCAGGUCCUGUUGCGUUGGAUCUUUCUCAGCAGGAGGUGCUCUUUCGGAUGUCCAGCCACAUAGGUGCAAUGCAGCCAUGAAAGAGUUUCCACUGCUUAGACAACAUGCCUUGCAAUGGUUUGAAGAAAACGACUCCCAUAUCCAGGAUACAAAAUGUGAUGUUUGCAAGAUUGUGGAGAUAGUCCUUAAGCACAACAUCUCCCUUUCCUUUCUUGGGGACUCCAUGCACCACCAAAUAUUUGAUGGGUUCACAUGCGAACUCUAUAGAAGAGGAUACCAAGUGAACGUCACAGACGUCCGAUAUCCCGUCACAGAAGGAUCAAUCUACCAACAACCUCAUCACAACAAGACCAUUCGUAUUCGAUCACCUCAUGGCACAAUAGGCGAUAACGAGGCUGUCAUUCAUUAUCAUCAAAUGUACAAACUUCCAUCUGUCAAUGAUGGUCUAGUCAAUAUUACUGGCGAAGCCGAUGUUCUGGUGACAAGUUUUGGCCUUCAUUGGGGAGUUGAUUUGAGCGAGGACUAUACAAUCCAAAUGGCUGAACUUUUCCGUGCAAUCAGACAACAAGGCCGCGUCAAACUUCUUGUGCACCGAGAGACCUCAGCACAACACUGGCACGCUGAUGGUGGAGAAUACUCCCUGUGGUGGCCAGAUAUUGUUGCAAAGAACCUUUCACAGCAAUGCCAGCCAUUUGAACUCACCGACAGCACUGCAGGGUGGAGGGAGCAAGCAAUCCGAGAGGCAGCCAACAGAUCUGGCCACACUCUGGUCAUGGCAGGGCCGCACAUGCCUACGACACCCUCUGGUCAACCUGAACUUGUGAUUCUUCCGUACUUCAACUUCACAUCUCAGCACCCAAUGAUGCAUCCUCGAUUGGAAGACAGAGAUGAUUGCACACACUACUGCUCAUCCCCGUUUGUUUAUUACCCCUUAUGGAGGUCCCUUCGUUAUACCCUGGAUCGACAUUUUGGAUGA